UAUGCUCUGGUGCCAGCUGCGUACAUUGUACAUUACAUAUAUUUCACGUAUAUUUGUAUCAUCCGCACAUUCAAUAGGUUAAAUUGGCUUAAGGUUAAAAAUUAGAUAAAAACAUUUAAACAUCAUUCUCCUUUUUCAACAUGUGUUGUUCUUGUUAGUAUAAUGCAUAUGAAAUGACUCAAGCUUAUGAUAAUUAUUACAGUGAAUUUCAAAAAAACGCAGAAUUACAGCAAAAUCUGAAGUACAAAAAGAAAUAUCGAAGAUUAAAAAGGAUUAUAAGAGACACAGUAUUUGAAAAUGCUGCGUUAUGUGAUCAAGUUGCUCAAAUGCAAGAACACCUUAUGCUUGUCAAAGAAGAAAGACUGUUUCUUUUACGUAAAUUAUGUCAACAACAAGGAGACACAGAUCCUCCUACAAUUAUAGCUCGAUCUCAGUUGAACAACAUUAAUCCUGGUUCAUUUAAUGCAGAAUGUUGUACACCUAAAAAAGCUGCAAAAAAGAGAGGAUCAACUGAUGGUUCAGAAACAAAAGCUAAAGCAAAACGGUACAAUAAAACAGCAAGGAAAGUGGUUCAAUUAAUACCAUUAGAUGUACAUGGAAGACCCAUUUUUCCUAUUUCUUUGGGCGAUCUGACUGUUUAUUCCCUUGGCGAAGUAGUGUCAGACAGAAUAGCUUAUCAUACUGAAGAUCUUAUUUAUCCAGUAGGUUAUUGCAGUACUAGAGUAUAUGCUAGUUUACGAGAUGUGAGAACAAAAAGUUUAUAUACAUGUAAGAUUUUAGAUGGUGGACCAAAGCCAAGAUUUGAAAUUGUAUCUGAUAAUGAUCUUGAUCAACCGUUAGUUGGAUCUACCCCUGAUGAAUGUCAUUCGAAAUUAUUAAUGGCAAUUUCUCCAGCAUUUGGUUCAAUAGCGCCAAAAGGUGCAGAGUUUUUUGGAAUUUCACAUGCUACUAUACAAAAUCUUAUACAAAGCACGCCUGGAACGCGUAAAUUGGCGAUGUAUAAGCAACAACGUUUUGAAGUAAGUAAGAAUCAAUCAGUGGAAAGAGGAACAAGUCCAAUAAUGGAAGAAGAAACAGAUCCAGGACUUGGAUUUACUGCUUUGCACAGGCACUAUUCUUUAAUGAAUUCAUAUAGGAUUAAGGAGGAACCGACUGAGAGUGAUCUCUUAAAUCUUCAGGAACUACUCGUGUAAUUUUUGUCCUAUUAAUAAAAAAGCCUUUAUAUUUGAAUAAGAUAAUCAAUUACUGCAUGCUUUGAUUGACACUUAUUUCAUUUUUAUGUACAUAUGUAUAUUGAUUGAAUACAACAAAGAAAAGGAACUAUUAACUUAAUCAUUGUAUAUUAAACAUUGAUUGAAUACA